CUACAAGAGUGAAUGGACUCAGUGUGAAUCCGUCAUUCCAGAUCUGUGGCAGCUCAGUUAGUUUAUAACCAGAUUGUAAAUGAUUUCCACACCUUCACUUUUUCUCUGAGCUCCUUCUCCUCACCACCUUCACCCACCCUCCUCUCCCCCUCUCUCCCUCUGAAACUUUCGUCUCUCUGGCUGAACUCCUCUUCACGCCACCAUGCUCCUCUGGAUCCUGUGUGCAGCUGUGCUCCUGCUCGGCCUCCUCUUCCUCCGCUUCCCUUACCUCCACCUGGACCUCCAACACGUGCUCGACAAAGUCAAAACGGGACGCCUGAUCCUGGAACACAUCCGGAACAACUACACUGUCCUGGACCGGUUCCUGGACGCGGUGAGGACGCAUCCGCUCAAACCGUACCUCCGCUUCAAGGAUGAGACGUUCACGUACCGGGACGCGGACGCGCUCAGCAACAAGGCCGCCAGAGUGUUCGUGCAGAGCGGCCUGCUGAAGCAGGGCGACACGGUGGCGAUGUUCCUGGGAAACGAGCCCAUGUUCCUGUGGCUGUGGCUCGGCCUGGCGAAGAUCGGAUGCUCCGCCGCGUUCCUCAACCACAACGUCAGAUCCAAGUCCCUGCUACACUGCUUCAGCUGCUGCGGAGCGUCCACACUGGUGGCUGCUGCAGAGUUGCAGGAUGCAGUGGAGGAGAUCCUGCCCACUCUGCUGGAGCAGCAGGUCACUGUUUACAUCCUGACUGACACGUGCACGACCGUCGGCAUGGAGAGCUUCACAGAUAAGAUGAGCCUGGCCUCUUCUGAGCCUCUGCCCAAGGAUUCAAGGUCACACGUGACCCUGCACAGUCCAGCGGCCUACAUAUACACAUCUGGAACAACAGGUCUCCCUAAAGCAGCGGUGAUCACUUACACCAAACUGUGGUUCCUAUCUUGGCUUCAGCGCACAUCAGGAGUGAACUCCAGUGAUGUGAUCUACAUCACCCUCCCUCUGUAUCACAGCACCGGCUUCCUCGGCUGCACCGGAGCCAUUGAGAGAGGUAUCACUGUGGCUUUGAGGAGUAAAUUUUCUGCCUCUCAGUUUUGGGACGACUGCAGAAAAUAUAAUGUUACUGUCGUACAGUACAUUGGUGAGAUCAUGCGUUACCUCUGCAACACACCAAAGAGACCCAACGAUCGGGACCACAGAGUCAGACUCGCAUUGGGCAACGGGAUUCGAGCUGAUGUCUGGAGGGAAUUCCUCAGCAGGUUUGGGAAAAUCAAAAUCCGAGAGUUUUACGGAGCGACGGAGGGGAACUUCGCUCUGUACAAUUACACCGGCAAGAUCGGAGCUGUGGGGCGAGACUCCUUCCUCAACAGGAUGCUUUUCCCAUUCUGUGUGGUCAAAUACAACGUAGAAGGAGGAGAACCUGUGCGGGAUUCUUCUGGGUUCUGCAUAAAGGCUGCGAAAGGUGAGUCUGGACUGUUGGUGUCUGAAAUAUCAGCGAGGACUCCGUUCUCUGGUUAUGCCCGAGACCUGCAGCAGACGGAGAAGAAGAAGCUCCACGACGUCUUCAAGAAAGGAGACGUGUACUUCAACACUGGCGACCUGCUGCGCAUCGAUGAGGAUGAUUUCAUCUAUUUCCACGACCGAGUCGGAGACACGUUCAGAUGGAAAGGAGAAAAUGUGGCCACAACUGAGGUGGCUGACAUCAUCACAGUGGCUGACUGCAUCAAAGAAGCCAACGUGUACGGAAUUAAAGUGCCAGGUCAGGAGGGGAGGGCUGGGAUGGCUGCUGUCACUUUAAGAGACGGACAGAAGUUUGACUCUGCAGAUGUUUUUAAACACGUUGAAAACUUCCUGCCAGCCUACGCACGACCCCGGUUUAUCAGGAUUCAGAGUUCCAUCGAGGUAACAGGCACGUUCAAGCACUUGAAGGUGAAGCUGGUGGAGGAAGGCUUUGACCUAAAUCUAAUAACCGACCCUCUCUACUUCCUGGAUGAGAAAGAGAGGAGUUACAUCCCACUAACGCUGGACAUCUUCAAUGGAGUGACGUCAGGGAAAAUCAAAAUAUAAAAGAUUUAGGUGAAAGGGAUGUAUUGGCAGAAAUUAAAUAUAAAAUAAUCCUAGUGAUGUUUCACUAGUGUUUUUCAUCUAAAUUGUACAAAUUGUUGUUUUCUUUACCCUGGAAUGAGCCUUUAUAUUGAAAUACUUUAUAUUUACAUCAGGAGCGGGUCCUCUCUACGGAGGCUGCAUGUUUUUAACAGUAGUCCAGACUGGACAAACUAAACAUCUUUUAAGUUGAAGGCCACAAGUUCUCUUUCGUGUUUAGGGGAGGGUGAGGGGAGGGGUAUUCAGCUGCAACAUGCAACUUCACCACUAGAUGUCACUGAUUUCUACACACUGAACCUUUAAAGGAAAAAUCCAUGUGAUGCUGGGUUGUGAUUUAUCUUCACGUGUUUGUUCUUCUACCUCUGCAUUCAUUUCACACCUACCCCCUGAUGACACAUUGUGGCACAUGUUUGAUGCUGUGAGUAACACAUACAGAACACAUCUGCACUGCUGCAGCGACACCGUGGCUUCAAAUGAAACAAGAAAGCGAGUUCUUCCUGUUGAAGAAAGCAGAGCUUUGAGCCUCUUGUUCAUAGAGCAGCUUCUCCCUGCAUUCUGCUCUGUGGAGCCUAUUGUCAGUGUAGGGGGUGAAAUCUCUGGCCUGGAUACAACACACCUCUCUUUGUAUGAGAGUGUCUGCUGUAGGGUCCCUCCCUCUACCGAGGGGCAAUGACCAAACACACAGAAAUGACUGUGGCCAACAUAUUCACACAUGUCCUCUUCUGCUUAAUACAAUAAAAUAAAGUGAUGGAAUUAUUUGAGUCCUACACUGUUAAUUCGAUCUGAACCCAUGCCUUUUUAGACACUGUUAAAUAUAAGUUAAAAUUAAAAUAAAGUUAUCACAAGCUCUUAACUCUUGAUUUCAGUUUAAAAGAAAAGAAUCAUUAAUGUGGACUAAAUGAGUCAUUUCUCACACUUGUGUAUCCUGUAAAUAUUAGAGUCUGUUAUUUUGGGCACAUUCAUCUAUGUUAAUGUAGAAAGGUGACUUUUUAAAUCCUGCAGAUUAAUAACUUGUGUGGUUUUCUUAAAAUAACCGCACGUGACUGGUUUGUCGUGUCAUGCUCAACAUGAAUCACGACAGAGUGUUUCUGAUCGAUAUGACACUGACUCCGGUCGGGAGCAGGGUGACCCAGCAGCUCAGACAUGGAGAGCAACCUCAUUAACCAGCAGUGAAUUUCACUUCAAUGCAAUGGAAAUGUUCCUGAAAACACGAUGAUGUAUGAACCAUCCACUGUUGUCAUGGUACUUUUACUACAUAAAGUCUG